AUGAUCCCUUUUGCCCACAAGGGCAAGAGCAAACGUCCCAAGUUUCUGUUCCAGCUCAAGAUCUCUGAACUCACCAACAUUCCUCAAAGCUCAGGGUAUUGUUUUGUGAAAUGGCACUUCAAAGAUGGCACCGGAACUACAAGCCACUCGAUAGUACCAUCGCCAUCUUCGCCUUCGUCAACGUCGCAAGAUGGUACGCAGGCGAUUCGUUCCAGCUCCCAAAGUCGUGGAUCCACGCCGCGGGUGCUUGUAAAACACCAUCGUGCUCUUUGGGACUACACAUUGCCUAAGCCCGUGCUAGUAAAGCUCACAACGGACAAAAAUCGGGUUUUGCAACACAAGGAACUGGUAUUGGAAGUGUAUUUUGAAUUCUUAGAGCCUGUGGGACAAGCUGCCAACGAGCGUGCUGGUACCUCAGCAGGAAGUGCAGCCGAGUCAGCCAACUCCAAUUCCAAUAGUGUGUAUACGCAAAAAGUGUCUCGUAAGGUACUUCUUGGUGUGGUUGAAGUGAACGUAGCAGAGUACAUCAAUCGUGAACAGCGUCAAAUUCCUAGCCGAUUUUUACUUCAAAAAUCCAAAGUCAAUUCCAUCUUGAGCCUUGCAAUUCAAAUGGAACUUGCACGCGGCAGUUUUAGUGAUUUCGAGCCCUCACAAUUUUCCAAUUCGGGUCAGUUGCCCAACACUUUCCGGAACGGCAUUACAGAAGUAUUCGACACAUCUUCCGAUUUCAGUUCUCCAAUCUCAUCUACUUUCACACCGAACGGUGCCAGUGCUAGUAGCCCCACGAAGAAAACUGCAGACGGACAGACAACUUUCCCCAUCACCAUCAAUAAUCCAUUUGUCGAUAAAUUAUAUCAGAGAACUUUCCAAGUACCGUGGGAUCCACGGCCGGGCGAAUUGAAUCCUAAAGAGUGUGUCGAAGAUAUUCUUGAUGGUGGUGAUGGAUGGGCAAAGAAUGAAAAGGGCGUCAAUUUGAUAGACAUUGAUGCCUUGCAUCUAGCUGAGCUGGAGAAAAGCUACGACGAAAGUCAAAGACAUAUACCGAUGGACAUGAACCAUGGAGAGUUUGACCGCCGCGCAUUCGUAGAGCGAAGGGUCGGGGUCGAAAGCCAUACUAGUACACAGAAAAGAGGUGUGGGUGAUCGUAAACCCCUCAACGCUUCGAGCAGUUCACUAGCAGAAGAGACUCCUGACAACGUGGAGUCCUCGUAUUUCAAAAGUUGGACAAUCAACAAGAUACUCCCGUAG